ACAAAACUGUGGUGGAACUAUUGUAAACUUUUUAAUAAAUAUUUCAUAUAAAACUUUUCAAAAUAAAAAUGACUUUUUGAUAAAACAAAACUCUUUUGAAGUCUAUUAUUUGAACUAUUUAUUAAGCUUACAGCCGUAUCCAGUACACUUAGUCAAAAUGCCAAGAAAGCUGUUAAAAUUCCUCAUAGUGUUUGAUAACACUUCAUUGCUCUACUUCCCUGGACAGUUCUUAUCUGGUAAAGUGCUAAUGGAGCUUCAAGAUGAUACUCCAGUUCUGGGACUACACUUUCAUGUAAUCGGUGAAGGAGUUGUUAGAGUGGGCUCUGGCCGCCAUGAAAGGCUCUUUGAUAAAGAAAACUACAUUGAUUUUAGAAUGCGUCUCUUGGGUGAACCAGGUAAUGGGCCAUCUAUACUGUCUCCUGGAAUACACAGUUUUCCAUUUAAAUUGGGCCUGCCCAUGGGACUUCCUUCUACAUUCCUUGGGACACAUGGAUGGGUUCAGUACUAUUGUAAAGCUGCACUAAGGGAACCCAAUGGCCUAACUCAUAAAAACCAACAAGUUUUUAUUGUGAUGAACCCAAUCGAUUUAAAUUUGGAACCUCCAGUUUUAGCGCAAGAGUUCGAGCUGAGCGUGGAGCACAAGCUGGGCGUGGGCUGCGUGGGCGGCGGCUCGGUGAGCUGCCGCGUGUCGCUGGACCGCGGCGCCUACGUGCCGGGCCAGAGCAUCGCGCUGUCGGCGCUCGUGGACAACCGCUCGCGCACCGCCAUCCGCGCCACGCGCGCCGCGCUCACCGAGACCAUCCAGUACGUGUCGCACGGCAAGGUGGCGGCGCGCGAGAGCCGCGAGCUGGCGCGCCUCAGCCGCGGCAAGCUGCGCGCCGGCCACGAGCAGCGCUGGCGCCGCGAGCUGCUCUACGUGCCGCCGCUGCCGCCCACCAACCUGCGCGGCUGCCACCUCAUCUCCGUGCAGUACGACGUCUUCUUCAUAAUCGAGCCGAAGAGUUUGGAGAAGGAGGUGAAGCUCCAGUUGCCUAUCCUGCUGGGCACGUACCCGUUCCGCGACGAACAGGACGAGCCACGCCCCCCCACGCACUACCCCACCACGCUGCCCGUGUUCCGGCCCUGGUUGGCCGACAAGCAGGCCAACUGAGCAUGUCGCGUUACGAUCGACGACGAUUAAAUAAAUAUUUGGGAACUUCUCAGUGUUCAUAAAAUAUUAAAAGUAAGACAAAAAUUGUUGAUCUGAAAUAUGUUUGAAGACAUAAAUAUUCUUCUAUAGAAGCCAUAAUUUAUAAUGAUACUAGGGAACUUCAGCCCGAGCAAACCAAGCUGCCAGUAAACUUUUCUUUUUUCCUUAAACAUGACAAAUUUGUGUCACUUAAGCAGCCUCUUAAGAAUAUUUAUGAGAUUGGCAUUAGCAGUAUUUGACAAGAUCAAGGAUACGACAAAAGAUGGAGAUGCAUUUAUAUUUGCAAUUUGCAUUCAAAAUAAGAAACUUUUUACUGAAUUAAUACUUUAAGAAAUAUAUUUUUUUAAUUCAUUUUUUUUAUGCAUUUUAGGUGCAAAAAUAAUUUAUAUGUUUAAUGUGCAUUUUAUAAUGAUUAUAUAUGAUAUGUGUAUGUUAUGAGACGGUGCUUUUUCAAUUAGAAAAUUAUUUUUUUGGAAUAUUUUUUACAAUAUAAGCUAAGUAUAUCUAUAUAGUUGUUGGUGUAAUAUUUAGUAUACUGGAAUAUUAUAUAAUGUAUGCACCUAUAAUAAUAGUUGGUUUAGUUUGCUGUUGCUAUGUUUUUUGUAUGAUCAUAGCCAGACAGUAAAUAAAUGCUCCCUUAUAUAAGGUCAAACAAAUAAUACACAUACAUUUUUGAUCAUACUAUACAAUUGAAAGGGUUACUAAUAGCAUUUUCGUAAAGUCAAAAAUGAGCUUUGUGUAAUGUAAAGUUCCUACAGUCAGUAACACACCCGUAUAAUGUUUGCAUCGAAGUAACACGUAGGGCUUAGCCGGACAUUGCAACCGGCGUUCAGCUUUCUUCGUACACAGAUAUUACGGAGCGAAUGAGGUAAUACUGAUUAUUAUAAAUCGUUUUUUCGAGUUCAAAAU